AUGCUUCUCAAGGCUAUCGACAUCGGCGCUGCAUCACAGGCCGAUCUUCAGAAUGCUUCAAACAUCAGUCGGAGCCUUGGGGGGUUACCCCUGGCGCUAGCUCAGAUUGGCGGUUUUGUCACUCAACGCAAGUUGUCUUUGCAAGAGGUCCUCCCGCUAUAUGAGCGUUACGCCGCCAAAAUCGACGCCCGGAAGGCUCCUAGAAGCGACUACGCACAUACCCUGAGCACUGUGUGGGAUGUCUCAUACCAAAAGUUAUCAGCAAACCCCACUCGGCUUCUCUACUUACUAUCUUACUUCGACCCGAAUGGUAUCUCAGAAGACAUCUUGAUCCAUGGCUCUGAGGGCCUCAGCGAAAGUUUUGCAUUCCUAUCAGAUGAGCUUGACCUAGGUGAUGCUUCGGAAGAGCUUGGACCUGAGGAUCCCUUCAUUGCCUAUAGUCUUAACAACAUCACGCUGGCAUAUACUGAGGUGAACGCACAGGAUCUGGCCUGUGAGACUCAUCAGGAGGCCAUUAGACUCCGACUGAAGGUGAAUAGUGACAGAAUCGGCAAUUCAUACAGCAACAUGUCGAGUCUACUUCUCCGCAUGGGCCGUCCGGAUGAAGCGGAGGAGAUGCUCGCAAGAUGUCCCUCCCUGAAGGACUUCACUGAUGAGAUCUUUCUCAGCACUGGAAAUACUCGCUUCUCAGGGGACAUGCACUGGCCUUUCGCCGCGGAUUUAUUGGGAAACCGGCUCAAAACUUGCGACUCUCAGUACGAUAUAGCCUCGAUGCUGUACCGGGACGGCCACGUUAGCUCAGCUGUUAACCUGCUGGAGGAGGUUGUUGGGAUUUCGGAGACUCCGGUCCAGGGACAAGGACAGCAAGCUCGUGCUCUAUUCAAGCUUUCUCAGAUACAGGGGGAGAAUGGAAGAGAGGCUGAAAGCGCGGCUCUCAAGGAACGGGUUGUUUAG